CGUCGGAUUGAUUGUGAAUCGUGAAUGUAAACAAAACCACGAGAUUUUGUUACUGCAAGUUUUCACCGGCUGGAACGAUUUUUUCAAGUAUUUUUUAGGUAAUUUAGCAUAACUAUUGGUAGAAAUGCUUCAAUUAGUACGCUCAGGAUUCCAUCGAUUACAUAAGAAUUCCAGUGUUCGGCUGAUUGUCAACAGCGGGUUCUCGUCUGAUGCUGGACAGAAUGAUGGGGAAGAUGACAAAAAAACUAAGCCAGCUGAAGCAGGAAAGGGCCACCCCCCACAACAAGACACAAAAUCCAAAGCCACCUUGAACCGACUGAAUGAACUGCUGUCGUUGAUGUCCACCGAUAGUGAGGUGCAGCUGGUGAAGAAGGUUCAGGUGGCUACGCCUCCGGGCCCAAAGCGCGACAACAGGAAAGGAAAGAAAGCUAAUCAGAGAGAACAGGACUCGGAUUCAGAUUCCGACUCCGAUUCGGACGACGAAAAACCGAAAGAUUUAGCCACAGCGACCAGUAGGGUGGCAAAGUCUUUCGGCGGAGACACUAAGAAAACGGAAUCCGAACUGUUAACGAAGUUGUUGGGUGGAGAGCCCAGUGGGGCUGAAGGUGGCUCGGCUAGUGCUAGUCUGAGCGAUAUUAUUACGGGAAUGCAGGUGGACAAGGAAGGAUCACAGAAGGGCAAGGGAGUGCAGCUCACCAGGAGCAAAGCGGUGAGAAAUGCUAUCGAGCGGAAAGGAUCAAGGGGACAAGAAUUGUUGGGAAUACCGCAGUCACGUUCCAAGAAAAGGUCGUUUGAACCUAUCCAGCCCACUGGAGCCAGUGUUAAACUGUUCGAGGGAGAAUCAUUGAACAUUUUCACCGAUACGACUUCGUUGAAAGAGAGCCCGGAUAUGUUGCCCACCUGGAAGAAGCUACAAGAUCGUGAAUUGCGGUUGGCAGUUACCCAUCCACCGGCCAACUACUUCCAAAAGAUGGCACUUUGGACGGAGCAAGGAAAGCUGUGGAAAUUCCCAAUUGACAACGAGCAAGGCUUGGACGAUGAGGCAAAGGUAUCCUUCACAGAGCAUAUCUUCCUGGAGGAACAUUUGGAACCGUGGUGCCCGAAGCGAGGACCCAUUCGACACUUUAUGGAACUGGUGUGCGUUGGAUUAUCGAAAAAUUACUUCAUCACGGCUCAAGAGAAGAGAGAACACAUUCUAUGGUUUAGGGAUUAUUUCGAGCAAAAAAAGGAUCUGUUGAAGCAGGUCAUAGUUCAACAGCAAGCAACGAGUAGCGAAAACAAGCUGGAAAAGUAGUAGUUCGAAGCAUUUGAAAUUAGUUGAAUAAAUUGUGUUGAGUUCAAAGUGUA